AUGAAAAGUGGCCUAUUAAAUUCAAGUGAAAUUUAUUAUAAUCACAAAGAUGUUGCUUAUUUAAUGGUGAUUGAAAACAAUAAUAAUUUAAAUUCAACGUUAGAAGAUUAUAAUUUAUGCGACGAUUUAAUUUUCAACACAAGUCUUGGAGUUGAAAUAGUAGUACAAGAAUGGGAAGCUAUAACAACAAUAGUUGUGUUAUCUAUUGUAAUAAUCAGCACAAUAUUUGGGAACAUACUCGUCAUACUCGGAGUGUUUACAUAUAAACCUCUGAGAAUCGUGCCAAACUUUUUCAUAGUCUCAUUAGCUGCUGCCGAUUUAGCUGUUGCGGUACUAGUGAUGCCAUUAAAUGUGGCAUAUUCAACUUUGGGACGAUGGCUUUGGGGAAAGGAUUUGUGUAAGAUGUGGUUGACUUGUGACAUUAUGUCUUGUACAUCGUCUAUCUUAAAUCUUUGUGCUAUUGCUUUGGAUAGAUAUUGGGCAAUAACGGAUCCCAUCAACUACGCACAUAAGAGAACACUGAAGCGAGUCUUAUUUCAGAUAACGAUGGUUUGGAUACUGUCACUGAUCAUAAGUUCCCCACCCCUUUUAGGAUGGAACGAUUGGCCUGAUAAGUUUUCACCCGAAACUCCUUGUCAACUAACUUCCGAGCCUGGCUAUGUCAUUUACUCAUCGUUGGGAUCUUUUUUCAUACCAUUAUUAAUAAUGGCGAUUGUGUACGUCAAGAUAUUCCUUGCUGCUAGACAAAGGCUUAGAAGGCGAACGCUGGCAGCUAGGGUGCAAAAAACGAAAAUAAUUCAUGACCUCCAAGACGACAGUUUGGAAAAUAAGGAAGAUAUAGAUAAAGAUUCAGAUAGUGGAGAUGCGAUUCAGCGUCAUAGAAAAGCGUUUUCGGAUAUGAAGAAAAACUUUUUUGUCCCUUUGCUUAUGUUCCACGAUCCAGGGGCAAGACAAAGUAUGGAAAAUAAUAUGGUGUUGCAAAUGAAUAUUUCACCUGGAUCUUGUGGGAAUUAUACGUCGCAGGUGAUGGGAUCUUUUAAGAAACUGAGUCAUAGGAAGAAAAGACAUGAAAAAACUGUAUUGACUGAACUAAACAGCAGCGGUAAUGUAGUGCAUCAAUUUAUUGAACAGAAGCAAAAGAUUUCUUUAUCGAAAGAGCGACGCGCAGCAAGAACGCUAGGAAUAAUAAUGGGUGUGUUUGUUGUGUGUUGGCUACCAUUUUUCCUAAUGUAUUUGAUAUUACCAUUCUGUCCUUGGUGUCGCCCUAGUAACAAGUUCAUUAAUUUCAUCACCUGGCUGGGAUAUGUUAAUUCGACGGUAAAUCCGUUGAUUUACACUAUUUUCAAUUUAGAUUUUAGAAAGGCAUUCAAAAAGCUAUUGUGUAUGAAUAUAUAAAUUGGAACAAAAAAUGGUUGGUUCAUGUGAUCCGACAUUUAUUGUGAAGAUUUCUGAAGAAAGUUAAAUAGGUUUUACUUAUAUAUUGAAAAUUAGGCAAUGGUCCUUCAUUAAACUUUAAUAAUAAUUUCCAGUAAAUCAACGUGAUAAAUUAUAACUUUUUUUAACUAGUUUCAAAGCUUAGUUGGGUCACUCGUCUCAGCAUACGUCUAAUUGUGCUUCAACAAAACAUGAAGAGCUGAAGCAUUGUGAAGUGC